CAAGUCUGUCUUUCCUAUAACUCCAAUUGAAUUGAGACAUAGCCCGCAACCCCUGGUGGAAAAAAAUAAGGUUGGCCCAAGCUUCUCUGCAUGAAUGAUCCAGUUGUAGGACAGAACUUCCACUCGCCCUUUAACGUGCUGCCAAUAUGGAUGGGGAGCCUCUCUCAGCCCUGUGCACGCCUGCUCUGGUGGUCGACGUGGACAAAGUGAAGAAAAAUGCAAUGAGGAUGAUUGAACGAUGUGAGAAGCUUGGAGUUCAGCUUCGCCCUCACAUGAAGACCCACAAAACCCUUGAGUGUGCUGACAUAAUGACACGGGGUUCACGGCGGUGCAUAGUGGUUUCCACCCUGGCAGAGGCCUGGUUUUAUGCUGACCAUGGAUUUGAUGACAUCCUCUAUGCUUAUUCUCUACCUUUUGAUAAGGUGGAGCGUUGUGCCAUCUUGUCAGAGAGACUGGAGCUCUUUCAAGUUUUACUGGACCAUCCGGAUGCUUUGGAGCAGCUCAAAAAGCGACCGUUGAAAGAUGGUCGACUGUGGCAUGUCUGGUUGAAACUGGACUGUGGCAACGGUAGAGCUGGCAUCCUGCAUUCAGAGCCAGAGGCGCUCAGACUGGCACAGGCCAUUGCUGAGACAGCAGGCGUGCAGCUAACAGGCGUGUACGCUCACUGUGGCAACACCUACAACUGCAUAGGGGUCGAGGAAAUCCAGGCAGUCGCAAAGGAGACCACCAGCUUUACUCUGGAAUUCAUGGAAAAGUUAAAGGCUGUUGGCAUUACCUGCAAGUCCAGCAUUGGCUCCACCCCCUCCUGUAGUCACCCAGUCCAAGACAUGGCAAAGCUUAGUGAGGUGCAUCCUGGAAAUUUUGUCUUCUACGAUGUGCAGCAGUCUCUCAUUGGCUCAUGCAAUGUUGAAGACGUGGCUGUCCGUGUUUUGACAAGAGUCAUAGGUCACUGUCCCCACAGGAACCAGCUACUGAUUGAUUGUGGGUGGGCUGGGUUAAGUUUGGAUGGGGCUGGGAAACUUCCAACAGGAUACGCUGUGAUCGAAGGGCAUUCAAACCUCAAGUUAUUAUCCAUGACUCAGGAGCAUGGAAGAGUGGAGCCUAUCUCAGGAAAACUGGAUUACAGCAUGUACCCUCUGGGCUUUCUACUCGCAUUGAUUCCAUACCAUUCAUGUGCAACAGCCGUAAUGCAUCCUGUGUAUCAUGUGCACUCAGAAGGCGUUCUCGUGGGCAAGUGGAUACCAACACGUGGAUGGUGAAUAAAUGUAAAUAGAUCCCUGAAACGGUUUACCUUUAUGCAGUUGUUCUUUUCUCAUACUAAUCAACCAUUCAGGCAUAGAAGAUGUGUCAAUGAACAUGGCUUUUGAACAGUUGUUUUGUGUCAAAAUUAGGACCAGAACCAGCUUCAUUGGCCAAGUUUGUGCAUGCAUGUUAUCAUUAUCUAAAUAUUGCAGUAUGUAUUAUGAAUCGUUUGUAGUAAGGAGAAUUUUAUUACAGGCCACUCUAGACCACAGUUGUCUUAAGCAUUUGAUCAUACGCUACAGGUAUGAAUUAUUUUGGAUAUACGAGUGCUUAACUUCAAUAAAUGUAAAAUAAAUGUUUUAUGCUCCCUUUA